AUAAGCGCUCCGCUGAUUGGUCGGCAUCAUCAGACCAAAUAAGGGACUCCCGCCUUGCUCAGAAUGAAGCUUGACGAGAGGAGGACUGGAUGGGUAUAUGAGGUUUCAGACGUUUUUUGCUGAAAAGACAGCAAAAACAGAAGCCUAAGCCUAGAGUUCAGUUGGUUAUUGUAACCAGUUGGCAGGAGAAACCAGGUACCAAAGAUGUCCCAGCAACCACCGUCAGGACGCGCCCGUGGCCGUGCCCGCGGUCGAGCCCGGGGAGCGAUAGAGGAGCCGCCACGGCGCCCGGGUGCAGGGGUCGCCCCUGCGGCAGCCCCGCCACCCGUAGCCGUGGCUCCGCCCGCGGAAGCGCCGGCUCCUGUAGCAAGUGGCCGUGGGCGACAGAGGGGAGGAGUGACGUCAAGGCCACCAGGAGCUCCCCCCACUUCCCAGAUGGAGGCCCUGUCGCUGGGUGAAAAGGGAGCGGGAGCCGCAGCGGCCGCCCAGCCGUUCGGAGGGCGGCGCAGGAGGGGCGAUAUUGUCAUCGAGGAACCCCGCACCCGCCCGGCUCACAUCCAGGACAAGAAAGGCUCUACUGGCCAUCCGGUCCCGCUGGUCACCAAUUUCUUCCGUGUGAGCUCCACGCCGUCCUGGGCGCUGUACCAGUACAACGUGAGCUUCGCGCCGGAGAUCGACUACCGCGGUGUGCGCUUCUCCAUGGUGAAGGAACACAUCGAGCUGAUCGGGGAGACCUACGCCUUUGAUGGGAUGAUUCUCUUCUUGCCUAAACGUCUGGAGCAGAAGGAGACCGUGCUGUUUUCCAAGCGGCGUAACGACGACGCGGACAUAAAGAUCACCAUCACGCUGACCAAUGAGCUUCCUCCGACCUCGCCAACGUGCAUCCAGCUCUACAACAUCCUGUUCCGCAAGGCUCUGCACGAAAUCGGCAUGCAGCAGAUCGGCCGCAACAACUACAACCCUGACAUGGCCGCAUACGUGCCACAGCACAAACUGGAAGUGUGGCCUGGGUUUGUGACCUCCAUCUUGCAGUACGAGGCUAACGUGAUGCUGAUGGCCGACGUCUCCCACAAGAUCCUUCGCACGGACACUGUGCUGGACUUCCUGUACGACCUGUACAACAAGACGCAGCAGAACUUCCACGAGAACGCCACCAAGAAGCUGGUGGGAGAGAUCGUACUGACAAGGUACAACAACAAGACGUACCGCAUCGACGACAUCGACUGGGAACAGAACCCCCAGAACAAGUUCAAGAUGUUCGACGGUACGGAGAUGUCUUACGUGGAGUAUUACGCCAAGCAGUACAACAAGACUGUACGAGACAUGGACCAGCCUCUGCUCGUCAGCAGGCCCAAGAAGAAGAUCCAGAAGGGAGGCAAGCCCAUGGAGGGUCCGCUGUACCUCCUGCCUGAACUCUGCACUCUUACUGGCCUGACCGAUGAGGUGCGUGCAGACUUCCACGUGAUGAAGGACAUCGCCAUCCACACCCGCAUCACUCCUGACAAGCGCAACGACACCCUGCAGACCUUUAUCAACACUCUCAACAAGAACGAGAAGGUACAGAAGGACAUGAAGGGUUGGGGCCUGUCCUACGACAAGACUCUGCUGCAGCUGCAGGGGCGAGUCAUGCCGCCGGAGAAGAUCUGGCAGCGCAGCGGAUCCUACAACUACAAGCCACAGGACGCUGACUGGGGCCGUGAGAUGCGUGGGCAGCAGUUGAUCUCCUGUGUCCCCAUGCAGAGCUGGCUCUUCAUCUUCCCAGCCAGAAACUCUCCCCAGGCCCAGGACUUCCUGCAGGCCCUAGUCAGGGUCGGACCCCCCAUGGGCAUGAACAUCAACAAACCCAUCAUGUGCGAGAUCCCAGACGACCGUACUGACAACUACCUGCGCACGAUGAGGGAACAGAUGAACGACAAGACUCAGAUGGUGGUGUGCCUGCUGUCCUCUCAGCGAAAGGAUCGCUACGAUGCGAUCAAGAAGUUCUGCUGCGUUGACCACCCUGUGCCGAGCCAGGUCAUCGUGAGCCGUACACUGAACAAAAAGCAGAUGUUGAUGUCCGUGGCCACCAAGAUCGCCAUGCAGCUGAACUGCAAGCUUGGAGGGGAGCUCUGGGCUGUGGAGAUCCCGCUGAAGAGCAUGAUGGUUGUGGGGAUCGACUGUUACCACGAUUCGGCCACCAAAGGACAGUCCAUCGGAGGUGUCAUCGCUUCCAUGAACAGCUCUCUGACCCGCUGGUACUCGCGAUGCACCUUCCAGCACUCCGGUCAGGAGCUUAUCGAUGGGCUGAAGGUCUGCCUGCAGGCUGCCCUGAAGAAGUACUACGAGCUGAACUCUAACCUCCCGGAUCGUGUCAUCUUCUUCCGUGACGGUGUGGGCGAUGGACAGCUGGGCGCCGUCGUGGAACACGAGAUUCCGCAGGUGCUCGACACCUUCAAGAACCUUGGUGCCGACUACAAGCCGAAGGUUGCCUGGAUCGUGGUGAAGAAGCGAAUCAACACCCGUUUCUUCGCACAGGCUGGACGCGGGCUCCAGAACCCCUCGCCUGGAACCGUGGUGGACACUGAAGUCACCCGUCCAGAGUGGUACGACUUCUUCCUGGUGUCCCAGUCGGUGCGCCAGGGUACAGUGACGCCCUGCCACUACAACGUGGUGUGGGACACCUCCGGACUCAAGCCUGACCACAUGCAGAGGCUUACCUACAAGCUCUGCCACCUCUACUACAACUGGCCGGGCACCAUCCGAGUCCCCGCUCCAUGCCAGUACGCUCACAAGCUGGCCUUCCUGGUGGGACAGAGCAUCCACAAGGACCCGUCCCUCAACCUGGCCGACCGCCUCUACUUCCUGUAGGUCACAUGUCACGACCCAAGGGUCAGAGGUCAUGACCCAGAACGUGGGUCAGAGUUCAGGCUGAGAGCCAACCAACCAGGUGGCAGACAGUGUCACCAAGGCAGCUGAUGUUCCUGUUCACGUAGAGAGUUGUGUAGAGUUAGCAUGGUCCGUUGACCAUUAGUAAGUAAUCAUGGUAAAACCAGUGCCAAAGAGAUGUUUUAGGUUUACUAGAGAGGAAGCAGAAGCUAAAAGUAAGAUGUUACUAACCAGGGAAGAUUCUCCAAAGAUGGUUAAAGCUACUGUAGUUUAUAGAUUAUACUUGAGAGAAUAUAUCUGAUUCUUUUUGUUCACUCUAUGAUUGGUCUUGAUAUGUUUAAGUUAAACUCUUUCCUGUACCUCUCAGAGUAAGGUCAAAAAGUGUUGGGACCACAGAAAGAACAAUCGGCAGGCAAAACAUCUAUGCAGAUUUUGUUUUAAUUUACUCUUCUUGCAAAAGGUGACACAAGAUUGAGUAGAUUUCUUUCUCUUUUUUUGCAAAAAGAUAGCAAGGCAGGAAUCAAGUACUAUUUUCUCAUUUUAUAGCUAUGAGACCUUAUUUUGUUAGCCUCCAGGUUAAAGCAUUGUCAUCUCAGAUCUCGAUACAAGAAAAUCUUAUUUCUUUUUUUCCUUUCUUGGUAAAAAGACGACAAGAUACGUCCGGAGUUGAUGUUUUCUGCUUUAACCUUCAUAAUGCUAAGGUAGCCAUUUGACACCAAAGUUUUGUUGGUUCUGGGGUUGACCAGCUGGGAGAAGAAGGUUAAGUAGACCUGAGCAAAGAAGUGGCCCAGAAGAAGAUGAGUACAGAUUUCAGAAAGUUUAAUGUCAUGGCAUCACCUACCUAAAAUUUCUGUUAACGUUUUGUCCCUCUCAUUCUAUGCAGUACAAAUGCCAGCAAGUGCCCUUUUUGUUAGACAGGUGAUUGCACAAGUUAAAAUUCUUAAAUGUCUCUCUGUCUAGCCUGAAUCACCAAAGUUUCGUAACAUGAACGCUAACUAGUUAUGAAAGUCUGAUUUUGGUUUAGUAACGCCAUUCCUUCCUUCUUUAGAAAAACUUAAGGAAUGCAGAACAGUUGUAAGAGUUAAGAAGUCGAGCAAUCAUAAAGUUGACAUUUAAGAAGAUUGCAAACAAGAUGACACGUUUUGGCUGGUUUCUGUCACAUGCUAAACAGCCAAAGUUAAGAAUACUUUCUGUAUUUCUUUCUGUACUCAUUCUGUUGUUUGAGGAAGAAAUUAUAUAUCCUUUGGGACCAAAACUUAGAGAUCAUAGAGCAACAUAUUAUAUUUUGUAUUUCUACUUUUGUUUAUUAAAAGUUUUCAUGACAUGGACUUGAA